UUAUGGACCCGUAUACCCGACCCAUCUAAAUAAAUUAAAACGGAUUUCGUAGAAAAGAAGUUAUUUAAAGUGGGAUCCGCUAAUUCUUCGUUACUUUUAGUCAACUUUAAAAUGUUUGCUUAGAAGAUGGAAAAGUGAGGUACUAUUGAAUAUUGAAGAAGAAGACAUACGAAAUGAAAAUGGCAAAAUCAGUUGCUAAUUUGAGACCAAAACGAUUGUUGACUUUAAUGGCGGAUCGAAAUCGCAUCAGAAGCUUUCUCAAAGAUGAACAUGUGACGUAUGCUUCCAUCCUUCUCUACAUUACUCUAUCUAGCGGUCAAAUCUUCUUCAAUAAGUGGGUACUGUCAUCUAAGGAAAUAAACUUCCCUUAUCCACUUGGAUUGACAUUACUACAUAUGAGUUUUUCCUCUGUUUUGUGUUUUCUCCUCACCAAGGUUUUCAAGGUCAUGAAGGUUGAGGAAGGAAUGACAUUAGAAAUAUAUGUUACAUCAGUUAUUCCAAUAGGUGCAAUGUUUGCAAUGACUCUGUGGUUAGGAAACACUGCUUACCUCUACAUAACUGUUGCAUUUUCCCAAAUGUUGAAGGCCAUUAUGCCUGUUGCUGUGUUUAUACUUGGAGUUUGUGUUGGCCUUGAAAUAAUGAGCUGCAAGAUGCUUAUGAUAAUGUCAGUCAUAAGUUUUGGUGUUUUAGUCGCAUCUUAUGGAGAAUUAAACAUCAACUGGGUUGGAGUUGUUUACCAAAUGGGUGGUAUUGUUUCAGAAGCUUUGAGGCUAAUCUUAAUGGAAAUUCUUGUGAAGAGGAAAGGCAUCAAAUUAAACCCACUCUCUCUUAUGUACUACAUGAGCCCAUGCAGCGCGAUUUGCUUGUUCAUACCAUGGAUAUUUCUUGAGAAGUCGAAGAUGGAAACAUGGAACUUUCAUGUUCUUGUGUUGAGUCUUAAUUCGCUAUGUACAUUUGCUCUCAAUUUGUCGGUUUUUCUUGUGAUAUCUCAAACAAGUGCUCUCACUAUCCGAAUUGCUGGCGUGGUUAAAGAUUGGUUGGUUGUUUUGGUCUCAGCCCUUCUCUUUGCCGAGACAAAACUCACAAUCAUCAAUUUAUUUGGUUAUGCCAUUGCCAUUGCUGGUGUAGCUGCAUAUAACAACCAUAAGCCAAAGAACGGCGAAAGAAUAACGUUGGUUUCUCAAUCUCCAACAAACUCCGACAAGAAACCCGGUGGCCCAUUGUAGCAUAUGUCAUCACAAGAGGUAACACACAAAGAAUGUUUCUCAAUCUCCGACAAACUCCGGCAAGGAACCAGGUGGCCCAUUGUAGCAUUUUUCAUCACAAGAGGUAACACACAUAAAAAGAACCAUUUUUUUGUACUUAGGAAAAUUGUUAUCUAUCACACAAUUUUUAAGAGCAUCAGAAAAUAAAGGAAUCUUAGGCAGGAAAGGCCGAGGAGUGUAACUGAGGAAACAAUUUUUUAUGGAUUUCUUGGCUAUUUUUGUUUAGCCUUAACUCUGUAUUCGAAUUUUUCAAUUAUUUUAAAGAUUAAAACAUUGUUUCUGUGAUUUUACUUGUAUGUAGGAUACUAGCUAGGAUUAUGUUUCUUAUGUAACUGUGUAAUCAUUCACUUCUCAGUUCUCACAAUAGUGUUUUUAUUUUUUUGUUACUCUUACUUAUAGCCUUACUAGUGUACUAACCCGUGCGUUGCACGGGAUAAGAGAUGCGAAGUGGAGAUAUCAAGAUUGUGGAGGAGAUGAAGAAUUUGUAAAAGAAGAUUAUUUUUUUCUGUCGUGUAUGUUU